UAAAAAAAACUUGUCAAGUAAAGUUUCAAAAUGGUGGCAUUGUUUCUAUGGAAUGUGAAUUGAAAAUAUUUUCGUUUUGUAUUUUGAUGUUCUUUACUUGAAAACUAUCUGUGAUCUUCUUCUAAAAUGUAUUUCAAAAGUUUGGCUAUAGUAUUCGCGGUUACUUUUGUCGUUUUCACAUCGGCUCAGUCAUAUGAAGACAAAAGAUGCAAGUGUGUCUGUCCAAGUCCUGCAGCUGUCCUGAACAACACAGCUGGGUCCGACCGUAAACUAUACAUCGCUAAUGUACCUCCAAACAAGUGCAAUUGUGACGGAGUGAUUCUGCCUCGGGUUGGCACCGAGAUCAAAGGGAGAGAGCAAGAGUUCUGUCCACGCUGCGAGUGCAAGUAUGAAAAUAGAAACACCACCAUCAUCAAGGUGGUUGUGAUCAUCGUGAUCUGGGUGAUCAUGCUGCUGGUCGUCUACAUGGGCUUCCUCAUCUGUCUGGACCCGCUGAUCAACAAGAGGGUGAAGGCAUCCUACCAGGAACACACCAAUGAGGAUGACGAGAGCUCAGUGGGCGGUCCUUCGCAGCCGAUGGGCAUGCGGGGUAAUGUCCUGAACCGCGUGACCCACCAGCAAGACAAAUGGAAGCGCCAAGUCCGGGAGCAGCGCCGCAACAUAUAUGAUAGGCACACCAUGCUGAACUAGUGCCCUAUCGCUCUACUGCAGGUACAACCAAUACGUACCCGUAUUCAUAUAGGAAUAUACAGUGUAAAUUCGUUACUAAUCCACUCCAAAUAGAACCAGGUUUUUGCUUCAUUUCACUUUUCUACGUUUUUUUUUUAUGUAUAAUGGACGUUUUCUCGUUUAGUUCCGGAAAUAUAUCUCAUUAGAAUAGCUUGCCAUUAACCCGUUCUUACCACAACACAUAACAUAAGCUCACGACUAUAUAUCCCAAUUGGGGUAGUAAACAUCCAUCGCAAGAUGAACUAACCAACCGUGCGGUAAUGUCAACCCGCUAGCGAAGCCACCAAUAGUACGUAAAAUGUUAAAUAGUGCUGUGCGAAUGCGACACGAUGUGUCCAGGUUUCAUUUGAUAUUUUUCAAAAAUAUUAGCUUGUCAUAUCUUAUAAAUAACAAUAAUUUAUUUAAGAAAAAGACAACAGAGGUUACAGUUAGUAACAAUUUUGUUAGUAGCUGUUGCAGUUCUUUAUUUAGAUAUUAGUUUACUGUAAUAUUUGUUUCUUUGUAUGUUAGUAUAAAUACUUAAACAAUCUGAAGAUGUUUCUACCGAAAUAAAGAUAUAGACAACAAAAAAAAUAGGAGAGUGACGCCCCCGUGCCUUGAAGUAAGGGCCAACACCUUCAGAAGGCCUUUGGGGAAGAACGCAGUCUAUUCAAUGAGUCUUGAAGAUCUAUAAAAGGCCACAUUGAAGCAAUUCAUCUUAAAAACCAAUAUUGCUUUUUGACAUUUCUUGACAUUGCACACUUACUUUUAUAUGCGCAAAUGUCAAAUUGCUAUAUUGUUUUUUAGAUAAAUUGUUGUCAUUUUUCGACCGCUGUACCUCAUAAUUGGCGAUAAGUAUUUUAAAAAUUACAAACGCUAUACCCCUUUAAAACACUUUAUUUUCUCGGAAAAGCUUUUUAUGAUAGAAAAAAACAUACUUCUUCAUAGAUUUCAAAUUUGACGCGUAAACGGUUGGUAAUGUGACAUUUUGCACGGUGUCGCUUUCGUGUGUAGCUUCGGCUCAAUCAUGGCCAGCCAUGUUUCGAGUCUUGUAAUAUAAUACACAGAGAUAAAAAAUUGCAUUCUUAUUUUCUAAAAAUAAAAUAUUUAAGAACUAUCUUAAUAAAAUAUCCGACAUAUUUCAUAUUUUUACCGACUUCAAAAAAGAAGGAGGUUCUCAAUUCGACCGUAUAUUUUUUUUGUUUUUUGUUACAACUGUCAAGUAGGCAAUUGCGUAAAAACGGCACGCGCCGAUGCGAACAUUUCGGAAGUCUGGGGGGUUAAAAUGGCCACAUCGAAGCAAUUCACCUACGAAAGCAAUAUUGCUGUUUGACAUUUGAUAGCAUUGCGCACUUACUUUUAUAUAUAUGCGCAAAUGUCAAAUUGCAACAUUGCUUUCUUAGAUUAAUUGCUUCGAUGUGGCCAUUUUAACCCCCCAGUUCACCAUUAUUUAACUAUUAUAUCUACUUAUAAUUAUAACGGGUCUAACGAUAGCUGCUAUACGUGACAGGCAGCUUAUUGUAUCUGUUGGAUAUUAUAAACGUUUGAUAUUAUCAAAUAAUUGAUUUAUCUAAUAUUUGUAAUUGUUUCUAUUUACAACCCUUGUCAGAUUCGGUUAACUAUUUAUUGCCGAAGAUAAGGUAUAUGAGUAAUAUUAUAAUACUACAUACCGAUAUGAAUCUUUAACAUUGACAGGAGGGCGCUGCUGAGCAUCAUCUUCAUACGUUUCAUCUAAUAGCAAUAUUGCUUUUUAGAUGAAUUGCUUUGAUGUGGCCUGUUCAACCCCCCUGAUAAAUGUAAUCAAAUGAAUAUUUUUUUUUAAAUCGCCGAAGUGUUAUAACGUGUUUUAUGCCUGCGUUUGUAUCUAUGCUAGGUUGUCACACUUACCCAAUUUAACAACAGCAUCACGCGUUCAUCGUCUUCCAACAAUCAAUCUCAAUUAGGUACCUCUUUUACCCACGUUUAUAAAAUCAAACUUACCAAACUGUACAUAGGUAUCUACGUAUUGUACAUGCGCCAGAAAACAUAGUGUUUCUCGCAUCUAACAACCGCUUAAUUGUACAUAAAAAGUAAUAAACCUUGAAUUUAUGGAUCACAUGUAUACAUAGAUAAACUCACGCCACUUAUAACGGUAAGCAGAGACUAUGGAAUUCCAUUUGCUUCGAUCUUGGCACACUUCUCUUGCUUCCUCCACAUUCAUCAAUCGUUUCAUACACGCACGCCGGUACAGAGUAGAUCGUACUGAACCUUUUCUAAGGACAUCUCCAAUUUGGUCAAUGUAUAUGUUAUGUGUAUGUAUGUGUAUGUUGAUGGAUCACACGGUUCCAUAAUUGUAACUGGCACACACACUUGUAGCGAGUGCAAAUGCCAGCUGGUUGCAUACAAGUGUAUACAUUACUCGUCUCUGGUAUGUCUGUAAAGUCACGAGCAAUAUCAUGUAUCUUUAGAACCCUGUUGCACUAUCAUAUUUGUCAUUUUAUGAGACUUACGGUUUAAUUUGUCAUAAAAGAUAAUGUGACAUGGUUUCAAAGUAAUUAGUACUCGUGACCGUAACUGGCAUGCAAGUAGAUUGCACUACAUUUGACUUUCGAACUUACUGUUGAGCUGGCUUUUUUAUCGCCUCGUUUUUCUGCCACGUGUAUUCUCGCCUGAGUCAUUUAUACAAGUAUUAUAUUAAUAGUUCACUAGAACCCAACUAUAGCCUCUGAUGUUAUGAUAACCAUAAGGCAUACAUAUAGGUUUUGAACUGCUACGACUUCAUAUCUAAACGUUUUACAAUUUGAAAUUGUAGCCACAAAUUACACAGCCACUUUACCGGCAACGUAUAUUUUAUGUGAUAGGCAGCAAUUGUGUCAUUACUUUUCGUAAAAUAUACCACACAAAAGUAUUUUUUUGAUAAAUAGCCGAUCAUGCUAAGAUUUUUAGCUUUCGUGUGUUAAGGAGUGAUCUCCUUGCAUGAAUAAUAUACUAUCGCGGAAAUCCAUGUGUAGUAAAGUUUGCGGAAGAAUGGAGUGCAAAGUUGAAGUAUGAACUAUUUGCUCAUACUUGUAUGGCGCGCGCUUCGGGCUCCUUUUGCCCUUUUGGAAGGGCAAAGAAAAAAAAGCGCGUAUAGGUUGGCCUCUUUCUUCUAUUCCGUGGUAAACACAAUAUGCAAUAAACGAAUACAUGUAGUAAUCCUGUUCUACCCAACUUGUGAAAAAUUUCUAGAAAAAACCUUUAAAGUAUAGUUGCUUAUUAUGUCAUAAAGGAAUCUACUAAGUUUAGGAUUAUUAUAAUAUAAUUAAAAAUUACUAAUUAUAUAUGCCAAUUUUCAGUAAUAAGCCCUUACUGAACAAAAAUCUUAACGUCUACACAGUAAGUGUGGAAGACUGUAUUGGCAUUAACAAUACCUAUUACUUGUAGAAGGGACACUCUUCUCCCCGCACCAAUAUGAGGAUGGUGCGAGCUUGAUUUGCCUCACCCCCUGGAUGGGACAUAUUAGUCUAUGCACACCGUUAAAGAGUAAGGGAGCGCGAGAAGAUUGUCUGUCUCCCUCGCACGAUAAGAAUGAGACUUUUGUAUAGAAUGUCCGCAUUGUGGUAUUGCCAUGCAGAUGAGCCAAUCAAAAUCUUAUGUAUUAUGAUUGUGGCACUACUGCCUCAGUACUUAAGUGUUUAAGAUACCCUCACAAUUAUUUACAAAUUGUCGUAGUUUCUACAUAAGACGAGCCUUACUAGGCUCUCGUUAUUGUCGUACUUGCCACGUGUAGGUUUUAAAGCGUCUUACUACGAAUUUUGAAACUAUAGAUUAGCUCUUACUUUUACUUCUCUAAAAAUAUUACGAUAAUCUUAGCAAUACAGUCUACGCCUUUGUCGAUAAUACAAAAGUACAAAUUAUUAUCCGCUUUUUAAUAUUAACUGUUGUACAGUAGAUGUCAGUGAAACUUGGUGUUGUCAAUGUAAAAAAUCUUUAUGUCGUAUUGCAAAGAUAAUAUAUAUUUUGCCCUAUAAAGGCAGCUAUUAAAAUUUGCUAGAAAUAUAUAAGUCUACGCGACCUAUGUUUACUAUCCCUGAUAAUGCAGGCUAAAUGGAAACCCAACUGGGCAUCCUCAGGCCUGUUGUCUUAAAUUUUGUACAGGGUGGGAGCCUUAAGCGCUCUCCAUUUGUCCGGCCAAAUAGGUAAUGCCAUUUGCGGCAAGUCUACAAUGAGUCACGUCAAAAAAAUAACUGGAAAAUGAAUAUACUAAGUGCUCGCUUUUACAUAAGAUCCUCGAUCCAUGGAUUGUAAUAUCGUGAUAUUUAUUUUAUAUAAAAUGGCACACCGACAGCGCCUUUACUACACUACACAUUACAAUAAUCGAUUUAUUGUAUGGUCUCUUAAAAUCUGCUAUACGUUGGGUUCUAGUCGAGUAAAGUAAUUUAAGUAAUUUAUCUUGUUAGGCAAUAAACGCGAUAAUCGCUUAUUCUGUCAAAUUAUUCACUUCUAUGGCAUCGAAUUAGUGUGCCUAUGCUGUAUACCAAAUGUGCAAAGUAUAGUGUACCUGCACUGGGUUUGAUGUUGUGUA